AUGUCUACUGAAUCUGCUUUGUCCUACGCUGCUUUGAUCCUCGCUGACUCUGGUCUCGAGAUCUCUGCUGACAAGUUGUCUACCUUGACUACCAAGGCUAACGUCCCAGUUGAGCCAAUCUGGACCGAAAUCUUCUCCAGAGCUUUGGAGGGUAAGGACUUGAAGGAGUUCUUCUUCAACAUCCAGGCUGCUCCAGCUGGUGGUGCCGCUGCUGGUGGUGCUUCUGCCGCUGCUGGUGGUGCUGAGGAGGCUGCCGCUGAGGAGAAGGAGGAAGAGGCCAAGGAGGAGUCUGACGACGACAUGGGCUUCGGUUUGUUCGAUUAA